AUGCCCGUCGCGCAGGUCAACGCGCGUCGCAUCGGUGCGCUGGACCCGGUUUCUAAAGUUUGGAUUUGCGGCGGCGCGACGCUCGGGACGUUGUCCGCGGGCGCGCGAGGCGGCGGCGGCGACGCGUUCGUGCGCGAGCUCUGCAAGGUGGCCGGCGUCGAACAUUUUGCCGUCGAAGACGACGAUGGACGCUUGCCGUUACAUCACGCCGCGGCGUUCGGACGCGAAGAAAUCGUGCGCGCGCUGGUGGAGCUCGGAUGCGACAUCGACGCCCGAGACGAAAGCGAGGGGAGCACGGCGUUGAUAUUGGCGGCGUAUUUUGAACGCGCCGAUGCCGUGGACGCAUUGCUCGAUCUCGGGGCUGAUUUCUCGAUCCGCGAUGAUGGGAACGUCACCGUGGGUGGACAUCUGGCGCAACGGAAGAUGCGACCGCAGUUGUUGCGAGUGAUGAAAGAGAGCGGUCCCGGCGGUCCUGGACGGUUGAAGCGCGGCGAUAAAUCUUACUUGGUCAAGCGACGUGCGCUGCAAAAUGAACUCUCGGCGCUCGACGUGGACGAUCUCUUAGAGUUGUCUCGUCACUGGGGCGUGCGCGGCGCGCCGGCGGAGAAAAAGAAGCUCAUCGAGGCGUUGCUCGCGCGCACGCCGUGA